AUGAAGUCGAGGCGCCGGCGAGCAGGAGAAGAAGCAGACGAGGAGGAGGAGGAGGAGGAGGAGGAAGAAGAAGAACGUCGGAGCUGCGGUUGA